UACUCUCCUGUGUUUUAUUACCCUGAAACUUUUUGUCCCCAGAGUUUUGUGAAGCUUUGCAUCUUUCUUGGAAUCAACAGGGGUUAAUAUAUCAAAGGCGGCUCAGAGAAGUCAGUUUUUUAGCAAAGAUGGAACAGGCAGGAGCUUCUUCUUCCUCCUCUUUUGUGGAGACGACCUUCUAGUGACGGACCAGAACAGAGAGAAGAACAAAGAGAGAUCACCAGAGCGUCUACGAUGUCUCUCAUGUCCAGAAUGAAGACGCAGCUGGAUUUGAGGCUGGCUGUUGAAGCUGCUACAGAAAUCAAGAACCUGAUUGGAUCUGAUGAACGGGAUAAAAAGCCUAAACCAGUGGGAGUUGGACUUCAAAUGCAGAUCUCUAAAAUGCAGAUCUCUAAUGUACAGAUCGUCUUUCACAUCAUCAUGGUGGUGCUGGGUAUUCUGGGCAAUGCUACCGUCAUUCUGGUUAUUGGUAAGAGUGUGAUCAUGGAGCGUAGUGUUGUUCACAACUCGAAUAUCAUCAUCAUAAACAUGGCAGUGUCCAACCUGAUGGUUUCUGUUAUGAGGAAUAUUCUGCUCAUCGUGUCAGAUUUUGGGAUCCAGUUGUUUCUGUCCAAAGAACGGUGUCAGUUCCUCAUGGGGGUCUGGGUGUGGCUGCGAUCGGUCAAUGUGUGGUCCACGUUCUACCUCAGCGUGUUCCACCUCCAGACUCUGAGGCGCGUGGCUCCUUCGGUUGGAAACCUUAAAGCUUCUCGAGGGGUUCCGAAGGCUCUGCUGCUCAACCUGCUUUCCAUUUGGCUCGUCAACCUUCUUUACUCCAUUCCUGCACAUAUCUUCUCCACUAAUGGCAAUGCAAACAGCACUGAGACCCUGAUGUUGAUCAGCAGCACAACACGCCCCCUCCUGGGCUGUGUGUGGAACUUCCCGUCCAGCUACAGCGGCCUGGCCUACGCCACCACGUCCAUGGUGAUCCAUGAAAUCCUGCCUAUCGUCUUGAUGACCGGGACCAACCUGAGCUCCCUUUACAUGCUUUACACUUACGGCAGGACCAGGAGCUCAGUUCAAGAUGCACCAGUCGCAAAGCGGGUACCAGCUGAGAGACGAGCUGCCAAGGUUAUUCUCACUCUUGUUUUGCUCUUCGUUAUAUCCUGGGGAACCAGCGUUAUAUCUGUGAACUACUUCAACUACAACGGAGGCACCUCAUCCGAGUUCCUACUGGUCAUCGCUCGCUUUGCCAACAUCAUCUUCAUCGCCUUGUCUCCUGCUGUUCUCGCAGUCGGCCAUCGUGGGCUGCGUUCUUGUAUCAAGUCAUCACUGACUUACUGACAAAACUCCUGAAGUCCUUAAAGAAUAAUAGCCACUGACAUGUUAUGAUGUAUUUUUAUGAGAGAGAUGGAAAGAUUUGGUUGAUUUGGGAUUCUCAAUAAACUGGUAUAUAACUAAACAUCAGAAUUCUGUUUUGUAAAAAAAUGUAUCAAUGUUCUAAUAA